AUGGGCCUGGAGCUCUAUAUGGAUCUUCUUUCAGCACCCUGCCGUGCCGUCUACAUCUUUGCCAGGAAGAACAGCAUUCCUUUUGACUUCCAGUUUGUAGAUCUACUGAAAGGUCACCACCACAGCAAGGAAUACAUUGAGAUCAACCCCCUGAGGAAACUGCCCAGCCUCAAAGAUGGAAAAUUUAUCUUAUCUGAAAGUGUGGCUAUCCUUUUCUACCUGUGCCGCAAGUACAGUGCACCCUCCCACUGGUACCCACCAGACCUGCACACUCGUGCCCGUGUGGAUGAGUUCAUGGCCUGGCAGCACACAGCCAUUCAGCUGCCCAUGAGCAAGAUACUCUGGAUUAAGUUGCUAAUCCCGAUGAUCACUGGUGAGGAAGUUCCUGAUGAGAAGACAGACCAGGUGAUGGAAGAGGUGAAGAAAAACAUGCAGCAAUUCGAGGAUAAGUUUCUGCAGGACAAGAUGUUCAUCACCGGGGACCACGUCUCCCUGGCUGACUUGGUGGCCCUGGUGGAGAUGAUGCAGCCCAUGGCAAGCAAUUAUAAUGUCUUCCUCAGCAGUUCCAAGGUAGCCGAAUGGCGUAUGAGGGUGGAGCUGGCCAUUGGCUCUGGCCUGUUUUGGGAGGCCCAUGAUAGGCUGGCGAAGUUGUCAGAUUGGGACUGUUCAACACUGGAUCCAAUGGUCAAGGAGAGGAUCUGUGAGUUUCUGCAGAAGCACAUGUGAUCCCAGAGGCCGUUCAUCCUGCAGGGCCCAGCUGGCUCAGCCCUCUGAGCCUCCUUCCUUAGGGAAGACACUGACAACCAACUCUGUUCCUUUGCCUAAUAAAGAACUGGAACAACACCAUGGCUGCUGAGUUUCAGGGAUAGUUAGUGUAAGCAGAGAGCCUGAUUUGGGAGUAUUUGGUAGUCUCAGGUCCUCUAGGGUUCCAGAAAGAAUGUAGAAUUAAAGGUUA